CAGCUUCGACUCAAUAUCCUAUGUCAAUUUACGGGCCAGUCCUUAGAUUAUUUCUCAAGAGCAGGUUAGUACUUGGACUCGAACUCCGAGAAACCAAGCAAACCAAACCAAACCAGCUGCUGCCUGUUCUUGGAAGCCAUGGCUAUGGAAAACUAUGCAUCAAGAAAUAUUGACAAAAUUCACACAGAUGUCCUCUCUCAAUCAAGACAAGCUUGCUACAAGGCGCGGGAUGCUUUUUUUUCUUGUUUGGAGAAAGAAUCAGGCAAGAAACCUACAGAAAUUGGGUCCGUGGGGCUUCAAUAUCCAGCUGAAUGUAAAAACUCGAGGGCUGAGUUUGAGAAGAAUUGUAGACCUGCUUGGGUGAAGCAUUUUGAUAGGCUAUACUGUAGGAACAAGACAUCGCAAAGGUUGUUGGAAGACAAGGAAACCAGGAGAGGGUUAUAAAUAUGCUUGACAUGGCCCUUUAGGAAGAUGGAAGCAGUCUUUUGGUCAAUGUCUUGGUGAAUUCAUAUGCCCCUUUUGAAGUGAGACCAAGGUUUGUAGAAUGAGAUUAUGACUUGAGGCAAUGUUGCGUAGUCAAUGUUUAGCAUUAACAAUUAAAUUUCAAAGAAAGGAUGUAUUGUUAUCUGUCAAGAUAUUGUGGAUGUUGAAAAUGGGAUAAAAUUCAAACUUGAGUACGCUGUCAGGCUGCAUUGCUCAAAUACUUGGUAUUUUGUCCUCUAUAAAAUUAAUUUAUGUGUGCUGUUGGGAUUAAAAGAUGUGAGUUUCCUGUUUUCAAAUGGUUGCCACUGAUCUUUGAUGACUA